GGGCCGGGCCUGGCCGCGCCGCUCCGGCCUCCACCCGCGCGUUCUCUGUGGUUGAGGGGCGGCCCGACGGGUGGCGGGGCCGCGCGCAUGCGCGUGCGCGGCGCGGGAGGAGGAGGCGGGCGAAAAUGGCGGACGCCAGAGCUGACGGGGAGAAGGCGAAGCGGCCGCAGCCCGGAGGAGGACCUGAAGAAGAGGCAGAAAAACCUGUGAAAACUAAGACUGUUUCUUCCAGUAAUGGAGGAGAAAGUUCGAGUCGCAGCGCAGAGAAACGGGCAGCUAAUGAAGAAGCUGAAGACUUCACCACAAAGCCUGCUCCUGCCAAAAUGUCCAAGUUUGGAUUUUCCAUAGGCAGUCAGACAGCAAAGAAGGCAUCUGCAAUAUCCAUCAAACUAGGAUCAAACAAGCCUAAAGAGCCUGUUCCAACCCUUGCUCCAAAAACCCUUUCUGUAGCAGCAGCUUUCAAUGAAGAUGAAGAUAGUGAACCAGAAGAAAUGCCUCCAGAAGCCAAGAUGCGCAUGAAGAACAUUGGAAGGGAUACACCAACCUCAGCAGGACCAAAUUCCUUCAAUAAAGGAAAGCAUGGGUUUUCUGACAACCAGAAGCUAUGGGAACGAAAUAUAAAAUCUCAUCUUGGAAAUGUCCAUGACCAAGAAAAUAACUAAAUGAUGUGGAUUGAGAGUUGGGUGUUUGGGGGGAGGGGAGGGUGAAACUUUAAAGGAACAGUUUCCUUUUUUAAGAAUGGUAUAAGACUAUCUUUGGAGCCACUUUUUUAAGAUUUUGAGUGGUACACUAACUGAGUUUGAAAUUAGAGGUAAUUUAUGUUUUGUAUACAGAUUUCAAGGCAUUUGCUAAUUUUGUAGUUCCAUGUGAUUAGUUUCCAAAGGUUACGGAUAAUAAAGACAUUGGAGUGGUACCUUUUUAA